AAAAAGAGAAAAGAAUGAAAAAUACAAAAGGAAACCCCAAACAUCAAUACCAAGAAUAUAAAACUCAAACCUCUGAAGCCGCCUGGUUGUGAGGUUGAGGAAAGCACAUGUGUUUCGGCUAUGCUGCCGGCAGGUGGACUCUGAAAGGCCUUAUAGAACUGGUGCUUCCUGUGGAGGCAGGCAGAAGAACAAAGCUCGUGGAGGUGCCUUUUCUCCUCCUUGCCCCACUCUACUAAACCGUGGCCUCCGAUUCCCUGACACCGCCCAGGGGAGCGAGAUGAAGUGGAAGAGGAUUGUUAUCUUCGCUAUCCUGCAGGCACAGCUCCCAAUUACAGAUGCUGUACCAAUUUUUGGACUGACAGACCCAAGACUCUGCUACUUGCUGGAUGGAUUCCUCUUCAUUUACGCAGUCAUCAUGACAGCACUUUUUGUGAAAGCUAAGCUCAGCCAAGCCCCUGAGCCACAGCUGCAGCCGGGCCAGGAGGAUCUGUAUAAUAAACUGUCUCAUGGGCGCAGAGAAGACUAUGAUGUUCUGGGGGUGAAGAGAGGUGCAGACCCUGAGAUGGGUGGGAGACACCAGCAGAAAAGAAGGACCCCUCAGGACACUGUCUACACUUCACUGCAGAAGGACAAGAUGGGAGAGGCGUACAGUGAAAUUGGAAAGAAGGGAGAGAGGCGGCGAGGCAAAGGGAACGAUGGUGUUUACCAGGGGCUCAGUGCAGCAACCAAGGACACAUAUGAUGCACUCCAGAUGCAGCCUUUGCCCCCCCGCUAAGUGGGAGUCACAGAAGGGAUGGGCAAAAGUGAGAGAUGCCCAUCUGCUUCGGGGAAGGAGGGAAGGAAAAGCCUUUUUGUCCAGGCAGCGUGCAUUUUCUCAGUGCAACAGACCACUUUGGUUUGUGCACAGAGGGAAUACCUCUGGACUUGGUCAGUCCCUUCUUCUUUCCCUCUUGAAUUAUGUAACUGCAAGCUUUAGCUAUUAAAAUGUAUAUAUCUGUAAAGUAACUUCCAGUGAUAGCAGUUAUUAGGAUGAUUUUUGUUAAGAUUUGUGUUGUGGGCCCAGAUCAAAUCCCUGGGUUCUCCUGUUGACUGAGCUGUUUCCCUAGCUCUCACUUGCCUUCCAGGGGUAUCAAGUCAAAUCAAAAUUAUGAUUCUGCUGCAUUUAAAGACCCUUGUAAGGAUAAGGCUGUAGUUAUUUCCUGCAUUAUUUAUGAUAAAAAUAUUUCACACAGGCCAGCUAAAUUUUUAGUUUAAAUUUACCUUUUAGAAAUUGCUUUAACAGGAGAUAGGGUUUUUUCUUUAACUGUAAAAAGUGAUGCAAUGUUCCUGUAGUGAAGGACAGAGGCUGAAGUCCAGCUGUACCUAGUACGAAGCAAAUCAGCACUAAACUCCAACAAAAGAUCACGUAAUGGCCGUGCCACUCAUUUGGCAAAUGGAACUAAAGAGCCAGAUAACCAGUAUAAGAAAUUUUUCAGAGAAGGUACCCCCGUUACAGUGAAAAUGAGGAGAAUAGAUUCUAAAAGGGAGUAAUAUUGAAGAACCCAGAAAACUUCAUACUAGAGAAUACCAUUUGGCCAAAGGAUGUAUUUGCUUCACUUCUGCGCUUCUCCUUUCCAACAUCUACAAACGUCACUGCACAACAGUCUCCCUGUAUAAAGGUUUUUGUGAUAAUUCUAAUGUAAAACAAACCAAAAUAAUAAUUUGCUGUCGAUAUCUACUUUGUAUUCAAGCCAAUGGAAGUGCAAUUUCAAACCCAGUCUACCAUUAAGGUACUAUUAAAAGGUGACGCAGAUGUGGUAGCAGUCAAUAAUGUAACACAUUUUUGAUGAAUAAAGGUAGUGGCAACAAGG